UUAUUCCGGCUUUAGGAAUUUAUUAGCGAGUUAGCAGAGUUCUAACAAACAAUUUACACAACAAAGAAAGCCAAAGAACAUAUUUUAAGUUUUUUUUUUUUAAUAUCGCGCGGAAGAAGAAAAAGUCAGGCAGAGAUUUAAACAAAACAAAAUGUCGAGACACGUCCAGUGACGCCGAUAUCAACCAACUGACAGCGAAUUCGCGUGAACGUUACCGUUUUAAAUAUUAAAUAUUAAUCUAUGUAGUGGAGUAUGUGAGCGCGCACAUCUACACGAAAGAUUCACACCUUCUCGGAAAGAUUUCUUCUGAAAGUUUGAGGACAACCGUGCCAGAAUGGUGAAGCAAGCUGCUCCUCGUCGCGCUUUGUCUCACUCCUUCAAACAUUCACCCCGAACAGAACUCUCAUCACCGUUAACGCCGUGGAACUCCCCAUCACCUCCGGACCUGGGUCAUGACCCCUGCUCCCUUCUAGAGUGGAAUCCGAACAGCAUUCCCGACCAUGUCUACCUUGACGCUGCUGCCAUUUUCCAAAACGCUCAACAGGACAAAUCUGCCGCUCACCGAAUCAUCAGCUACGGAAAGAAGUCGAAGGUUACACUGUUGAAGGUCAAGGAUGAGGUUUGGCAGCGAACAGCCUACGAGCUGGCCUUCAGCACGCUCAAAUAUCAGGAGCUAUUGGAGGACAUCAUGAUCGACAGCAGGUUCUACUUUUCUAAGCCACUGCCGGACAAUCUGAUGAGUUUGGUGGCUGUCAUGUUGUAUGAUUUGCAGGACCGUAAGUUCCUCCCACGUGAGCAUCCGGCCAAUUGGGAUAAGCAGAAGGAUGUGGAUGAGGUCAGGGAAGUGGAAAACUGUCUGCUCAGGUUUAAGACAAAGCUGGCAGCAUCUUUGGCACGCUGCAGAAUCAAACACAACCUGCUGAGCAUCGACUGCAUGCUGCCAGAGAGUGUCAGACAGAGGCAGGAGAGAGGGUCCAACCUACCCAUCUAUGCCUGGAUUAAUACACUGCACACCAGUAUGCACGAAGUGUGUGACGUGUUGAAGGCCGAUGGAUUCUCCCAGGUGAAAUCAAUCGCUCAGCUGAAAGGACAGGCGUUCUGCGAGGACACACACUGCCUCGACCUGCUGGUGUUUCCCUCAUGUGUGAAAAGACUGCUACACAAACUGAACCUGCUGAAAGACUGCAGGAUAAUCGUUCAGGAUAAGUCGUGCUGCAUUGCUCCGUGGGCACUGCGCCCCUUGCUGGUUCCGGACGGAGACGUAAUCAUGGCGGGAUCGUUCUCCGCAGCCACCGUGGCUCAUACAGCUGCCAUCGUCGCUGCUGCACACACUGCCAUGUACACGCUUCCCCACUGCAGCACACAGGCUCGCAGCAGCAUGCGGGUGUUUGCGUGUGUGGAGGGGUGCUCGAGUGCUAAGAGAGAUGAACUGCAGGAGGUCCUCUGCAACAUGGGCUGCAGCAACGUGAAGCUGCUACCCAAGGCUUUCCACAAUCUGGAUGUGUGUGACACGCGUCUGCAGAAGGUUCAGCUCGUCCUGCUGACUCCGCAGUGUUCUCUUUCUGCAGUCUCAAAUCCUGUAGACUACCUGCUGCGGGAGAACGGAGACAAAGAGCUGCUGCAGGAUCUGUCCCAGGGCUCUGUCUCACAGUCCAGACUGCACACACUCGUCUCCCAACAGAAGCGAGACCUUCACCAUGCCCUCCGCUUUCCUAAAGUGCAAGUCGUGGUGUACUCCACCUGUUCCUCACUUCCAGAGGAGAACGAGGAAGUCGUGAAGAGCGCUCUCACACACACAGAGCAGGAAAACUCCAAACUACAGCCUUUCAUGCUUAGCCACGCGUCCAAUUUACGAUGCGAUCCAGAGGACGGCAGUGGAGAAAAGAAGCCUGACUUUUUCAGGCUUGAAGCUUCUGAUCAGAGUAACGGCUGCUUCUUAGCGGUACUCACGCGCAAGCCGCAGCCAAAAGUGACUGAGACUCCACAGGAAGUGAUAGCUCGCGCCACCGCGAGUGGCUUGCUGGACGGGAUACAGCCGACUCAACCAAUGAAGAAAGAGGGGCGUGGCCGACAGACACGCAAAGGACCUGGCCAUCAAUCUCGCCAGCGACCCCAUGUCUCAGUUAGCGGGCAGUCACAGGUGGCUGAGUUUCUGAACCGUGAGAUGAAAGCGAAUAGCUCAGCUCCAACAGCAGCACAGGAAAGGACCAAUGACACACAGCCGCCUUGGGUCUCUAGAAAAUCCAAACCAUCUUAUCAGCCUUCAGGCAAGCACACCUCAUCCAAUGGCUAUACAAGCACAGGCUCCUUAAUUACAGGCCAUGCAUCGUCUACUGCCCCCAACACUGCCCAUGUCCACUCUACCAGGACUGGCCAUGUCUCAUCCAACAACGGGCUCUCCAUUACCUCCUUUACCAAGGGCACCACACAAUCUUAUAGGAUCCUGAAUCGAACCAAUGGCAGCCAAGCUGCUGGUCCUGUAGCUCCACCCCCUGGCCCACCCAGAGGCAAACAGGAAUUCUUGCGUCCUAUGUUGGUUUCAUUCCCCCCUGCUCAGUUUCCAUCCCUGUGUCCAGCAUCUGAUUCUCUCAUAAUCAAGAGCCCUAUGUUGUACCAAACCUGGGGAAACUGGUCACACCCUGCUCUGCUGAUGCGCACACGAUUUGGGGGCACCAUGCGCCCAUGGCUCUAAUACACACACACACAUACAUAUAUACAUACAUAUACAUACAAACAUAUAUAAAAAAAAAAAAAAACAGGUUUAUGGGCACCCAAGGCUCAUUAAUGCCUACAGGGACCAAAGGCAGCACAGAUUGCCAGAAAAGUCAAUGCUGCCCAUGAUAGACAGGCACCAGAACACCCAGUGCACCAGAACAUGGCACACUGAGCCCAGGAGGCGAAGAGACCCAACACUGCCAACCCCGGCCUCCCAAACUCCCUAGAUCCCAAUUCCAUCAAGCACCCAUGAGAGGCACCAUGCAAACAAAUCUGAUCGGUGGAGGUACCACCCCACAACCCACAGCACCCACUGCCAACGGAUCCACUGCUGUCAGACACCACAUCACAUGCCCAGAGGCCCUGCAGAGCCACACCCCCAUGGGGCCAGAGAUAGCCCAGGAAGCACAAGAGGGAACGAAAAAAGUUCAUGUGAAAGAUGUUUUUCAUUUUAUGGAUUAUUGGUAUAUAUACUGUAUAUACAUGUAGUGGCAAAAGUAUUACCUCUGUCUACCUUCCUAUGUUUCUUCUUAAUGACCAAAUUAUGUUCUAUUUUUGUAUCAUAAUUAUUAUUAAUAUCUGUUUUAUUUUUUAGGCUAAAACCAUAUACAAAGGGGCCCAAAAAUGUAUACACACUUUAAUAUUAAAAAUACAGUAGAUGGCUCUCUUUUUAUGAUCACAUGACAGCAUCAAUGAUGGUGCGACUCCUGACGACUUUAAAAGAAAUGUAAUAUUACACAUCACUGCCAUAAUUCAAUUUGAGGUUUAAAAAGAGCAUAGAUAACAACUGUUGAACUGAUUUUUGAGCCCCUCUGUAUUAUUUUGCUAAAAGCUGAACAAAACCUUUAAACAUCUGUUAUGAUUACAAGAUUACCUCAUCAACAAAGCAAAUUGACACUGAUGCCAACACUUCUCAGAUUUUGUUCAUGUCGACUACUCAAAAUCGGUUACAUUAAGUAACUUUGCCUUUCGAUAAUACUGAAACUUGUAUCAGUCCUGAUUCGAGAACUGGAAGAAGUGUCAAAAGAUGGAACACUAGAUGAUGCCAUGUGGACUUAUAAAUGUGUCAACCUUACUUAUCUUUUAAGAUGAAGAAUUUCAGCUGACUUCAUACUGACCUAGUUACUUCCUGGAAUAUACUGUUUUUGUUGGAAUACAAGACUUUAAACAAUUACAGUGCCACAGGAUCAUUUUAAGUUCUCGGGGCUAAAACCCACAUAUAUUAUUUUGCUAAAAGCAGAAUUAAACCUUUAACACGUCUGCAUGUUUCUGAAAUGCCUUUAUUAGCACAGGGACGAUAUGGACAUCAAUAUGGUGAAUGAGGGACACAGAAGAGUUACACUUUGCUUACCAGAAUUUUAAAGAGACCUUUCUUUUUUUCUUUUCAUGUCAACAAAGUGAAAGUCAAGCGUUAAUUGGCUGUUUAUGCUUCCUACACCGGGCCUUGCUUCAGACCAAUGCAAACUUCAGCUCUUUCCUUCUCCAGUUGUUUCAGUUCUCAUUUUGUAUCAGUGAUCAAAAUGUCUUGGAUUUUAUAAUAGUACUAAAACAUAUUUUUAAACAAACAAACAAACAAAAAAGGAGAACAGGGAGUGAGUUAUACAGUAGGUUGUAUAAGAGUAUUUUUUAAAUUUGUUAGCGUCAUUUUAAAACAGCUGGACAUGCCACACCCAGAAGUCACUAUACGCCUGUAUAAAAUAAACCUUAAACAGUUUUUUUUAAACAGUAAAAUAACGUUUAUAAUCUUUACAUUAGCUUAUCUUGCUCAUUGUUGCGUAGCUUAGUUGUUAGGUGUACAGUAAUAGUUACACACGAGUUCAUAGAAAGGCAUGUUACUUUUACACUAACGUCACAUUGAAGGCUAUUGGAAAGGAUGUUCUGGAAGAAGCAUUAAUGUGGAAUUAAAAGUCGGGAUUGUGGAAA